UGGAUGUUUGAGCGUCGCCGUGUCGCGUUUCGACCACAAAAAAAAAUAAAAUAAAACUAAAAAAUACGACACGAAACUGUGAAUUAUUAAGUGCCGCCUAGAAUUGAUUGAGAUUUGGAUACAAAUAUAGACUGAGAUACAGACACGCAGAUAGACAGCCACACAGGCCACUGCCAUUGAGAGUGUAGAUAUACCAAGCACGAUCGAGACUGUCGCAUGGAAAAUGCCAGGGCCUGUCUCUGUUCGGGCUUAUGCAAACAACUUGUUAUUGAUCUAAGACAUUGGACCUCUCAAGUGCUUAGCGUAAUUGUCAUUGUUAUAGUUAUUGCCAUUGCCAUUGCGAUUGUGGCACACUGAGUGACUGAAUGAGUGAGUGAGUGAGUGUUUGACUCCCCCGCUCCCCCCAGAGUGACUCCGAGUGCCACUGAGUGUAGUUUUAUAAUUAGCAGAAUGCGCAAUUGCUUGCCAAAACUCACGAAUGUCUUUCGCCGCAAAUCCUCCGCGAAAUCGUCGGCAACUGGCCCCGGCCAUACAAAUCAUUCGAAUGAUUGCCACUCCGACAGCGACUCGGAGCAGUACACGGCGGUGGCCAUGUCUGGUUCUUUAGCCAUUCCGUCGCCACAGUACGAUCCGGCCCGCGAUAAUAAUAAUGAGAGACCGCAUCGAGAUGGCGAUAGCAGCUAUAGCCGGCUGAUAAGUGGCCCGUCCAACUUGGAGUCGACGGCGGUGGCGCCAAAUGUCCGCAGCCGUGCCGUGGAGGAGAGCUCGUUCACGGAAAUGAGAGUGGAAACGAUUUCGGGGCAAGCUGCCGGUCCAGCUCGGCUUUCUAUUCCAAUUCCCGGGCGUAAUUCCAUUUCGUUGCCAUUUGCGGGUCUCAGUUCGAGCAAAACGCCCGAGGAAAUGGAACUGGAAUAUGAGGCGAAUGUGAAGGCCGAAGUUGGGGACAUUGUGACACCCCUGCGACGCAACAACACCAGCAGCACGAGGCCGCACAGCAUGGCCUUCAAUGGCGGGGGACGCAGUGCGUCGCUGCAGCCGGAAAUAGUCGAGGCCAUACGCAAUUUAGACGUCCAGGGGCUCUUCCUCAACAAUCUCGCCAUGGAGGAGGACAGGACGGACAUUGAGUCCGACCAGUCGCAGGGCCACGAAGAUGCUGUGGUGCUGCGGCGCAAGGUCGCGGGCCUGGAGCGCAAAUCCUGCAGCCUCUACGAGCGACGUAUGCCCAAGACGCCGAAGCUCCAUCUGAUGGUUGCAGGAAAAAAGCCGCAACCGCAACCCCAGCAGCAGCAGUUCAAAGUUUUUCAGCGAAAUCUCAUGGACUUGAAAUAUCCAACCGUGCUACCACCGAAUCCUCAACUUAAGGCUCUUUUAGUUUUCCACAAAUCGGACAGCAUCUGUGAGGCGGUCGCCUCCGCCUGCCAGCGCCACCAGCUGGACGUUACGCUGGUUAAGUCAAAGGAGGAGGCCCUCGACACGCUGCACAAGUCGUAUGCCACCGCCCAAUGCUACCAUUUAAUCAUAAUUGAUGCGCGCUCCUCGAAAAAUCUAGAUGCCGAGCAUAUUGCAAGAACAAUACGUCAUACACAUGGACACCAUUUAACGACAAUAAUUGCCGUCUGCAAGAAGAGUUUCUUUGAAAAGGAUGACGUGCUAAUUGCUCUAUUGGACGCUGGCGUUAAUAGAUGCAUAGCCGAGACGACAAACCUGGCCAUGUGCAGUGUGGAGCUGAAGCAAAUACUGCACUCGAUCAUACGGCCCCACAAUGUCAUGUCCACUCAACAGGCACUCUACACGGCGCUGCAUCGGCUGAAGGAGGUGGUCCUCAUCACGGACGACGUGCUGCGCAUACAGUACGCGAACCGUGCCACAGAGCGUCUCCUCAACAUGCGGCUGGAUGAAAUCAUUAGCAAGCCACUGGCGGACAUAUUCGUGUCCGACCUGUCCACCAUCAGCGAGCAGGGCAAGAGCAUCAAGGAGUUCGAUGGGAUACUGACAGUGCGACGCAAGAACCAGGAGGGCAUCCCCAUGCACGUUCGCGUCGUCCCGGUGGCCUGCAUCGGCAGUGCACCCACUCACCUGAUUUUCAACUUCGAUGUGCCCGGCGGACAGAUGGACUUCAUAGCCACGCUGCCGCAGCCAAAGGAGGCGCCACGCGGCUCCCUGCACUCGGUGCGGCGCUGCAGCUUCGAUGUGCGGUCCAUUGCCUCGGACGGAUUGCGGAGGACCAGCCUGGCCAAGCUCACAUCCCUGCCGCUGGAGGCGCCAAUCACUAAAAUAAUCAAUUUACUAUCACAAGUACAGGAGAAUUGUUCGGCCGAUGAGGCGCGGCUCAUAGACAAGGUCUUGGAGUUCCUGAAGCGCGAGGGACUCUACAGUCCACAAAUGAAGGAGAUCCGCACGGAUGAUCCCAUAGCCACCGAUCUAAUCGGUGCCCUAUUAACGGGACCGAGCGUUUACUCCUCGCGGCGAAGCUCGAAUGACUCCAUCAUACGCACAGGAAGUUCUACCCGAACUGCCACCAUCGUGCCCGCCAAGAUGAAGGCCAAUCCCAUUAUAAUGGAACUACUUGAAGAAUCUCUCAGCUGGGACUUUGAUAUUUUCAAAUUGGAAGAGAUCACCGACUACCAUCCGCUGCUCUAUCUGGGUAUGGAAAUGUUCCGUCGCUUCGACGUCUUCGCCACCCUGAACAUUGACGAGAACGUGUGCAAGGCCUGGCUGGCCGUUAUAGAGGCCCACUACCACAAGUCGAACACCUAUCACAACAGCACACAUGCCGCCGAUGUCAUGCAGGCCACUGGCGCGUUUAUCACGCAGCUGACCAACAAGGACAUGAUGGUCAUGGAUAGCAUGGAGGAGGCCAUGGCUCUGAUUGCGGCUGCGGCCCACGACAUCGAUCAUCCUGGUCGCUCCUCGGCCUUUCUGUGCAACUCGAACAGCGCUCUGGCCGUACUGUACAAUGAUCUAACGGUGCUGGAGAACCAUCAUGCCGCCAUCACUUUCAAGCUGACUUUGGGCGAUGAUAAGAUCAACAUAUUUAAGAACCUGGACAAGGAGACAUACAAGUCGGCGCGUAGCACCAUUAUUGACAUGAUUUUGGCCACCGAGAUGACGCGACACUUUGAGCACUUGGCCAAGUUUGUGAGCGUCUUUGGGGGCGAGGAGCCGCGCGAACAUAACCCGCAGUCGGAUGAGGAGACUGCGAUACUCAUGCGCCGCAUGCUCAUCAAGGUGGCCGAUGUGAGCAACCCAGCCCGGCCAAUGCAAUUCUGCAUCGAGUGGGCGCGGCGCAUUGCCGAGGAGUACUUCAUGCAGACGGACGAGGAGAAGCAGCGGCAUCUGCCCAUCGUAAUGCCCAUGUUUGAUCGGGCCACAUGCAGCAUACCAAAGAGCCAGAUUGGCUUCAUCGAAUACAUCAUACAGGACAUGAUGCAUGCCUGGGAGAGCUUCAUUGACAUGCCCCAGCUCAUCACCUACAUGCAGAUCAACUACUCACAGUGGAAGAAGUACGACGAGCAGGGCGUCAACACUUUGGCCGAUAUCAUGGCCAAGCAGCCGCCGAUGGGAAAGCUGGCUAAUUCCAAAUAGCAUACGGCCUUCCGGAGAUUAUUCUCGGGUCUACUGAAGCCACUGCCGGCCCAGGCGCCGGGCACAUCCACAAUUGGCGAGAAUGAAUUGGAGGAUGUGCUCUAGUGACGGCGCAGACGGGCCCGUGGCCCCAUCUGGCGGCGCUGUCACUCUGCAUAAUCCUCUCAUUGUUGUUGUUGUUGUUGCUCCUCCACAACUGGAUCCACAUCCAGAUCCUUUUCGCUCCAUCUGUCAUACAUAUCUCGGACUAAAAGGAAGGCGUAGGAAAGGUGCAGUGGCAGGGGCAGUGGUGCAGUGCUGCCACGAAGUCCACAACACAAGUGGUGCCAAGCGGUGUCGCAAAGCAGAAAAACAGAAACAAAUACCUAACCUAACUAAAGCAAGUUUAAACAAUUAUUGGGCUGGACUCAAAAUUUAAUGUUUAAGAAGCAUCACAAAA